CAUCCGGGUUUCGGGAAAGGGGGCGGCUUGUCCGCUAUGUUUCGGGAGAGAUCUCUGUCCAUCGCCUCCCUGAGCGGACUUCCUCCGUGGGAAGGAGAUGAGGAGCGCCCGGGGGAUUUGCUCCUCUUCGAGGUGGCUUGGGAGGUGACCAACAAAGUCGGCGGGAUCUACACCGUCAUCCAGAGCAAGGCCAAGGUGACGGCGGACGAGUGGGGAGAAAACUACUUUCUGAUCGGCCCGUAUUUCGAACACAACACCAAGACCCAGGUGGAAGAAUGCGAGCCCCCCAUUGCCGCCGUGAAGAUGGCAGUGGACACGAUGAAUAUGCACGGGUGCCAGGUGCACUGCGGUAGGUGGCUGACGGAGGGGAGCCCGCCAGUGGUGCUUUUGGACGUCGGCGCGUCGGCCUGCGGCCUGGACCGCUGGCGGGGGGACCUGCGGGAGGCCUGCGGGGUGGCCAUCCCCCACCACGACCGCGAGGCCGACGACAUGCUCAUCUUCGGCUCCCUCACCGCCUGGUUUCUCAAAGAGCUGACUGAUCACCUCGAGGGGAAGCCGGUGAUCGCCCACUUCCACGAGUGGCAGGCGGGCAUCGGGCUGAUCCUCUCCCGCUUCCGGAAGCUUCCCGUGGCCACCGUGUUCACGACGCACGCCACACUGCUUGGACGCCACCUCUGCGCGGCCAACGUCGAUUUCUACAACCACCUCGACGAGUUCGACAUAGACAAGGAAGCUGGGGAGAGGCAGAUCUACCAUCGCUACUGUUUGGAGAGAGCGUCCGUCCACUGCGCCCACGUCUUCACUACAGUGUCCGACAUCACGGCCGUCGAAGCCAACCACGUGCUCAAGAGGAAGGCCGACGUUGUCACCCCCAAUGGGUUGAAUGUGAAGAAAUUCUCCGCGGUGCAUGAGUUUCAGAAUCUGCACGCCCUCUUCAAGGCUCGGAUUCAAGAUUUUGUCCGCGGUCACUUCUACGGGCAUCUUGACUUCAAUCUGGAAAAAACCUUGUUCUUUUUCAUCGCGGGGAGAUACGAGUUUUCCAACAAAGGAGCUGAUAUCUUCUUAGAGGCCUUAUCCAGGCUAAACUUCCUGUUACGGGUGCACAGAAGUGAUGUGACCGUUGUGGUGUUUUUCAUCAUGCCGGCCAAGACCAACAACUUCAACGUGGAAUCCCUGAAGGGGCAAGCAAUCAGAAAACAACUCUGGGACACAGCACAGUCAUUGAAAGAAAAGUUUGGGAAGAAACUCUAUGAGGCAUUAUUAAGAGGGGACAUUCCGGAUUUGACCAAGGUCCUCGAUCGGGAUGAUGUGGCCGUGAUGAAAAGGGCCAUCUUUUCCACUCAGAGACAGAACCUGCCUCCCGUGACGACACACAACAUGAUGGAAGACGACACCGACCCCAUCCUCAGGACAAUCAGGCGCAUCGGCCUUUUCAACAGAAGGGAAGACCGAGUCAAAGUGAUUCUACACCCUGAGUUCCUCUCUUCCACUAGCCCGCUCUUGCCGAUGGACUAUGAAGAAUUUGUCAGAGGCUGCCAUCUUGGCGUGUUUCCAUCUUACUACGAGCCCUGGGGGUAUACGCCAGCGGAAUGCACUGUGAUGGGGAUUCCCAGCGUGACGAGUAACCUCUCCGGCUUCGGCUGCUUCAUGCAGGAAUAUGUGGCUGACCCCUCUGCCUAUGGAAUUUACAUCGUGGAUCGCAGGUUCCAGUCUCCGGACGAGUCGUGCAACCAGCUGACUCAGUUUCUCUACGGAUUCUGCCAGCAGUCCCGGCGCCAGAGGAUCAUCCAGAGGAAUCGCACCGAGAGGCUGUCGGAUCUCCUCAACUGGCGAUACCUAGGCCGGUUUUACAGCCACGCGAGGUCCCUGGCUCUGAGCCGCGCUUUUCCGGAGCAGUUUGCGAUGGUUCCCAGGGCCCCCACCUUGACGCAGGGCUUCAAAUUCCCCCGGCCUUCGUCGGUGCCCCCUUCGCCCUCGGCCUCGCGGCCUUCCAGCCCCCACGAAGGCCCAGAGGAAGAGGAGGAGGACGAAGAGGAGUCCAAUAAGUACGACGAAGAAGCCGAGUAGGACCACCACACCAUCAAGUCACCUUUUCCCCCUGGAUCCCAUCCUUCCCGGGAAGAAGCAGCAGCAUGGAGAACACAAAAACGGGAUUCCGCUCCCAAAGGCCUGUCCGCUUCUUUUGAAAAUAAUGAGGAUGGCGUUCGUUAAGCGCUCAGUAUGUGCCGGGCACUGUGCUAAGCGCUGGGGAGGUUUCAAGGUGGUUAGA